GCCGCAACAACUGGACUAGCAGAAAAAGCCAUUUAAAGGGGAGUUGAAUGACAUUGGCAUUCUCCAUUCAGAUCACAAGCACUAAUCUCAGAGUGUCGAAGAUUACCACAUCCAAAUUCAUCCAAUCAAGAUGUCGCGCCAACUUAUCUCGAGCGAGAAGUUCCCUCCCAAGCCUCACAACUGCCCCGCAGUCAAAGUUCCCGGACUUGUUUUUUGUGCCGGUCAAACUGCCACUGGAGAGGUUAAGCAAGCCACACGAACUGUACUCCAAAACCUCAAGGAGGUGCUCGAGCUAUCCGGGUCGUCGCUCGAGCAAGUAGUCAAGUACAAUGUCUACCUGGCAGACAUGAAGGACUUUGCUGCCAUGAACGAGGUGUAUAUCGAUUUUCUGCCCAAGCCAAUGCCUUCUCGGUCGUGUCUGCAGGCAGUUCCUCCGGGGGAUGGGACGGUCAUUGAGAUUGAGUGUAUCGCACAAGCUUGAGUCAUUUGGUUAAUAUUAGAAGGUCGUCAAUGCAUAAAAAUAAAUUCUCAUCACAUUUUAAAUAGAAACUUUUGACUCUGUCAAACACUUUACUCAGUAGUGAAUUUUCAUGCUUUAGCGCUCCUUGCGUACAUGCCUGUGCUGCGCUGAGUUUUAAUGUCUAGCACUAGG